AUGUUGUUGAAGUACUUAUUUUCUUUGUUGCUUUUAUCAAAUAUGGUUGUAUCCGAAAAGGGUGCACCGUAUCUGAUAUACUCAGACACUGUAGCAAGUUUCUAUUCAUGCAAUUUGGCAAUCCGAGCAUCUGCUCUGUUCUGUGAGACAUCAGAUUAUGGUUGUGCUUGCUACAAUCCUGCAGCAUUGGCCAGUGUCGCUGGUUGUUUGAACUAUGGGAAAGAACCUAAUGGCAAAGAAACAGAAUUCUUCGAGAUCUGUGAAAAGAGUUAUGAUUCAAUAGUAACAGAAGAAGAAUACUGGGCUGCAUACGAAAACUAUACAAAGUACGCUGUUUAUACGUCUGAUAUCAAGGGAUUUAACAAAUCGGUGCCAAUUUCUGUACCGAUCAUAGUGAACUCCACUUUGAUCUCGAAGUAUAGAAAUUCUUAUGCUAAUUUCUUGGGAAACUUUAGGCAUGCCUUGCAUUAUGGGAGUGGGAUUUUGGGCUACUGGGCCAGCGUGUUUUUACUUUCUAGUAUCUUUCAUUGGGCAAAGUUCUUGUGUCCAAAUCUUAUAAAAAGGUGUACUGGACCUAUCAUUAACUUUUGGAGAAAGAAUGUUACCCUUCCAGCUCUUGGUAAGAAAGAUAAAACAAACGACUUUACAACUUUGAAAGUUAUUAAUAUCUUACUUCCAUCUAGAAUUGAAUCAUUAGUUAUUGUUGGAUUUUGUGCUCUAACUGUAUUUGCUUGCUCUAAUGCUAUACAUUGGCCCGAGGGCGAUCCUAUUUUUACGGAUAAACAGAAUGCCUUAUUGAGAUUCACUGCCGAUAGAAGCGGCAUUGUUGCUACUAUCAUGAUGCCAAUGCUUAUUCUUUUCGCUGGUAGAAAUAAUUUUUUACAGUGGAUCACAGGCAUCAACUUUGCAACCUUCAUAACAUAUCAUAAGUGGAUGGCUAGAGUUAUUUUCAUUUUGGUCAUGAUUCACUCUGCUUGCUACUCAACUAUAUAUGUGAAAGGCAAAACAUUAAAAGAAGAAUACGAAGCUACUUACUUGAGAUGGGGCGCUCUUGCAGCAGUAGCGGGCGGUAUAAUUUGGAUUCAAAGUAUUUUGUAUCUCAGAAGAAAUUGGUAUGAAGUAUUUUUGAUUGUUCAUAUCAUUAUGGCUGCUUUAUUUAUUGGCGGUGCUUGGAUCCAUGUUGACGAAUUGGGCUAUGUUUGGUUCUUCUAUGCAACUGUGGCAGUAUGGUGCUUUGAUAGGGCCGUAAGAGUUGGUAGACUUAUUCAUUUUGGAUGUCCAAAAGCUUCAGUAACUCUCUUGGCAAAUGAAACUUUGAAGGUCACAGUUCGUAGACCAAAGUUUUGGCCAGCGAUUCCAGGUGGACAUGCUUUUCUUCAUUUUAUGAGACCUUCAUGCUUCUGGCAAUCCCAUCCAUUCACAUUUACAGUAUCGCCGGACUCAGAUGAAAAUAUUGUUAUGUACUGCAAAGUGAAAGGUGGUGUUACACACGGUCUCUACCAAUAUUUGACAACCCACCCAGGUAAGACAGCUCAGAUUAGAGUUUCUCUUGAAGGACCAUACGGAGAACCUACACCUGCUAAAGUGUAUGACUCAGCAGUCUUCAUUGCUGGUGGCAGUGGUAUACCUGGAAUUUACUCAGAGGUCUUGGACUUGGCAACAAGAGCAGUUCAAGACAGCAAUAAAUUAUUGAAACUACACUGGGUUGUCAAGGACUACGACUCUUUAUUUUGGUUCUAUGACGAGAUUCUAGCACUUAAAGACACCAGCAUUCAAUGUGCGAUCCAUGUAACUAGACCAACUUUGUGUGCUGAUUCUAAGCAGGAAGAAACAUUCGGUGAUGUAUUACCUGAGCAAUCUAGUUCCGAUGAAAAUGAUGAGAAAAAGAGUGGGCCAAUUGAUUUUAGUGAAACCAAGGAAGUAAAUGCUGGUGUCGUGAGCGAUAUAAAGAAGGGAUUGAGUCAUGUUACAUUCUUGGAAGGAAGACCUUCUAUUGAAAACCUUGUCAAAGCGGAAGUAGAAGAAUCUAACGGGUCUGUUGCGUUCGUCACAUGUGGACAUCCAUUGAUGGUUGAUGAAGUACGUUACUGUUGUGCUCACGCAUUAUACGAUUCAAAGGGUAAAAGAAUUGACUUCUUUGAGCAAUUGCAAAUCUGGGCUUAA